AUGCUGCCAAUCGGGCACGCAAGCGGAAGCGGCCCGGCGCGGCCUGUGUUUCUUGGACGCACGGGCGGGGCGGCUCGUGCUUUUUCGAUGGGGCGGCCGGCCCGCGGCAAAGAAGCCGCGGAGCUCGCUGGCGCCCCGCCCCCUGUUCAUUCAUUGUCCGCGGCAAGGCGGUGGCGGGCCGCGCGAGAGAAGAGCCGGGAAAGAAAGCGCCCCGGCGCCGGAUCGAUGGAAGCGAAAAUCAAAGAACUGCGAGGGGCAUGCCCGGCCUACCCCACCUUCCCGGCCGGCCGGCGCGGGCGUCGCCGUCGGUAAGUCUUCGCCCGCCGCCCCGGCCCCCGUGUCUUUUCUUCGGCCCGGGCGGCCUUGCGCCAUUUCACGCGGCAGCCGGCCCCCCGCGCUUGGCCGCCCUGUCGCCCCCUGCCUGCCCCCGCCGGCCGGCGUGGCGCGUUGGCAGGCUCCCUCGCAGCUGGCCCUCGCCGCCCGCAGGGUGGCCGGCCCUCCCUCUUCCUUGCGUCGUGUGUGACGCGCCUCAGCUGCUUGGCCGGCCGGGCGGGGGGCUAGGCCCGGGCGGCUGGCCUUUUAGGCCCUGUGGGAAGGAUGGAAGGAGGUUGCGCCCGGUUGAGCCCGCCCCUCCUUUGUAGAGGGUGUGCAAUAUGGGCAGCGAGCGACGCAAGCUUGCGAUGGGUCGCCUUUGGCGCCCCUGAUAGAACGAUAGGCAGAAGUGGACGGUCGCAGCGCCGUGUUUGUGGUGGAUUUCAGCACUGUCCGUGCAUGGCUUUCGCCUGAAGCCCGCCGGCCCCUUUGUGGAUGGCUCAUCCUGCGACCGCCUCUAGCAGUAUCUAU